UUCUCCCCGCACAGCGCCCAGGAGCUGUCCCAGGAGGUGAAGGCGUUCCUCAGCGGGCUGGACCCCGUGCAGGGCACCCCUCUGUCGCCGCCCGCCCACGCCCGCUGCGCGCUGCGCCUGCUGCGCUGCCUGCCCCCCGCCCGCCACGCCGCCCUGCAGCACCUGCGCGGCCUCUUCGACGACCAGGUGUGCCAGCACCUGCUGCAGCGCGAGAGCCCCGCCCCCGGCCCCGCCCCCAAGGCCACGCCCGGCGCCGAGGUGCUGCAGGAGGCGCGGCGCUCGCUGGCCGAGCUGGUGGCCGCCAACCCGCGGGCGUGGGCGCCCGGCGUGGCCGCCUGGGCCAGCGAGCUGAUGGGGCAGCUGAGCAGCAAAUACGCCGGCCGGCCCGGCGUGCCGCCCGCCGCCAGCCUCAACGAGCUGCUGCAGCUCUGGAUGGCGUGCCCGGCCACGCGGGCGCUGCUGGACAUCUACAGCCAGUGCCUGGCCGCCAUGGCGGGCAGCUGCCCCGACGCCUGCGUGGACGCGCUGCUGGACACGUCGGUGCAGCACUCGCCGCAUUUCGACUGGGUGGUGGCGCACGUGGGCUCCUCCUUCCCCGGCACCAUCAUCAGCCGCGUGCUGUCGUGCGGCCUCAAGGAUUUCUGCGCGCACGGCGGCGGCGGCGGCGGCGGCGGCGAGGCGGGCGCGGCGCCGCCCGCCGUCUCGCUGCUGGACACCAACCGCCGCUUCGCCGACGCCUCCGGCGGCGUCUGGUCCGUUUUCCACGCCGGAGUCAUCGGCCGCGGGCCGAAACCGGCGGCGGGCGCGGGGCGGCGCAGCGCCGAGGAGCUGAGCCGCAACACGCAGACCUUCCUGAGCCUGGUGCUGCGCUGCUGCCGCGGCUCCUCCGGCCCCGCCGUGGGCGCCGAGGCCGCCAAGGCGGUGGCGGCGGCGCUGGUGGAAGCCGUGUGCCCCGAAGCCGCCGGCGCCGAGCUGGCGUGGCCGCCCGAGGAGCUCGCCAAGGCCACGGUGGAGCGCGACCUGCGCAUCCUGCGGCGCUUCCGCCAGCACCCGCUGCUCUUCCCGCUGCUCCGCCUGGUCGCCGGCGGCCGCCCCGCUCUGUGCUACUGCUCCGUGCUGCUGCGGGGGCUGCUGGCCAGCCUGGUGGCCCACUGGGACGCGUGCCGCGCCGGCAGCACGCUGGCCUCGCCCUGGCACCUGCGGGCGUCGUGCGCGCUGGUGGCGCUGCUGGCCGAGGGCUCGCUGCUGCCGCCCGUGCUGGGCAACAUGCACGAGCUGUUCCCCGAGCUGGCUCCCUUCGAGGUUCACCUGCUGCUGCUCAGCGUUUGGGGGUACCUGAGGGAGAACAGCCCCCUGCCUCAAAAGUUCACCUUCCAGCCCGAGCUGGGCGCGUUCCGCCGCGAUUUCGGGAGGGACGGCGAGCUGGGGAAGCACCUGGCCGUGCUGCACGCCGUGCUGCACAGGAAUAUUCACCGCCUGGGGCUGCUGGCCGCCAGGUUUUAUCCCUGAGGAGGGGUCCCGAGGGGG